CACACACCAACAAGUCCACACCACUCCUUCUCCCACUGCUACAACAGAACACCGCCAAGAUGGAAGCAGUCAAGGACACCAUCAACAAAGCCAUGUCGGCUUUGCACAUUGGCGGUGGACCUGCAGAGCCACAAUUUAAUCCCCCGUCAGAGGCUGAAUUCAUGGAGAUCAAGCAGAAAUACGAAAAAGCGAAUCAGGGCCACGUCUUUGCCUUCUGGGAAGAGCUCAAGUCUAACGAGCAAGGCCAGCUCUACCAACAAGCAUCCACUCUCGACCCAGAGCACAUCAACAAAGUUUCAAACAAGACCUUACACCCAGUGAAGCCCGACAGCGAGAACGAUAAGCCCAAGCUCGAACCACUUCCCGACUCAGCUACUACAUCCACAAUCGACGCCAAAGAGGAGGAUCUGAAGAAAUGGUACGAAUCAGGCUUGAGCCUCAUCGCUGAGGGCAAGGUUGGUGUAGUGCUCAUGGCAGGUGGCCAAGGAACACGUUUGGGCAGUUCAGCACCAAAAGGCUGCUAUGACAUCGACCUUCCAAGCCACAAGUCCUUAUUCCAGCUCCAAGCAGAGCGUAUCUGGAAGCUGCAACAUCUGGCGAGCAAGGAGCACAAGAAGGAUGAUGUUGUCAUCCCAUGGUACAUCAUGACCUCUGGUCCUACACGCAAGCCAACGCAAGAAUUUUUUGAAGAGAAGAAGUACUUCGGCCUAAAUCGCAACAACGUCAUCUUCUUCGAGCAAGGCGUUCUUCCCUGCGUUAGCAUGGAGGGAAAGAUCCUGCUUGAGAGCAAGAGCAAGAUUGCAGUAGCACCAGACGGCAAUGGUGGGCUGUACGGUGCACUCAUUGGCACAGGCAUCGUUGAAGAUAUGGGCAAGCGCGGCGUCAAGCACAUCCACGCUUACUGCGUUGACAACUGCUUGGUCCGCGUAGCAGAUCCAACAUUCAUUGGCUUCAGUGCAGAGAAGCACGUCUCAAUUGCUACCAAAGUCGUGCGCAAGCGCAAUGCGAAGGAGAGCGUGGGUCUCAUUCUGCAAAAGAAUGGCAAGCCGGAUGUCGUAGAGUACUCCGAGAUUGAUGCCGAGACGGCUGAGGCCAAAGACCCAAAGGACAACGAGCUGCUCAAGUUCCGUGCUGCAAACAUCGUCAAUCACUACUACAGCUUUGAGUUCCUCGACUCGAUACCGCAGUGGUCGCACAAGUUGCCCCACCACAUUGCCAAGAAGAAGAUUCCUUGCGUUGACGAGAAGGGCAACGCGAUCAAGCCAGAUAAGCCGAACGGUAUCAAGCUUGAGCAGUUCGUCUUUGAUUGCUUUCCAUUCCUGGAGAUGACCAAGUUCGCAUGCAUGGAGGUUAAGCGUGAGGACGAGUUUUCGCCAUUGAAGAAUGCCAAGGGUACAGGAGAAGAUGAUCCGGAGACCUCACGGAAAGACAUCAUGCUCCAAGGCAAGCGAUUCCUGGAAGCUGCUGGAGCAACAGUUGUCAGCGAGAAGCCCGACGAUGGCGUAGAGGUCAGCCCAUUGAUCUCCUAUCAGGGUGAAGGUCUGGCUUUCUUGCAGGGUCGUGAGAUCAAGGCCCCUGCGGUCAUUGAGAAGGAGGAGUAGAACACACCUUCUCAUGAGACGAGGGAAGCCGUCCUGAAGCUCGAACACAAAACUGCUGCUCAACAGGCCCCAGGGGGACAAUGGUCGGGCUUCUGGCCAGUGUGGUCUUGGCCGUAGUUCUGAUCGUACAUCGGCUACUUCGCAGAAGCAGCAUGCAGGAUGCUACUUGAACUCGGCUGGUUUGUGUUUACAGUGGCACAUUUCAAUUUUCGGCGUUGGUGAAAGGCAGAGGGAUGUUGACACAGGCUUGUCAUCUUGUCGGAAGCACCCAAAAUGAUGAUAGAACGAAUACAUGAUGAAAUUGCUGGCAAUGAAACUUUCUCGGUAUC